UUUGUUUAGUAGCUGUUGCAGUUAAAUAUACAAUUGUAACGAAAAGGUACGCGCGUGGGCACUUCAAAAUAAUUUUGUUAGUAAAAUUUAAGAAUAAGUAAAUAACUUCGAUUAUUAAAUUCAACUAUGAAGAACUGGAGUCAUCAAUUUACGCAAUAAUAUAAAAUAUUGAAAUUAAAAAUAAAGCAAUUGGUUAAUAGUGCUGAACAAAAGAUUUGGUUCUAGUAUUCGCCUUUGCGUCACAGAAAACGUUGACGAGAGAAUUCGCUAAAAAGCGACGCGAGUAAAAAUCGCCCUGACUGUGCUACUUCGUCUGUUCCAACUUGAAACAACUGCAAGACAGCGGACCAUAAGCAUUGCUAGUAUAACAUACGCUUACUAUACCUAAAAUCUCUAAUUGUAGCCAAAGGUGGCUGCCCUGUAGUCAUCUUCUCCAGGAGUCUUACAUAUAUAUUGACAUGGUCAUAUUGAAGUUCUCAGUCUUAAAAAAUGGCUAUACUUUUACUAAAGUUGUAAACAUAUUGUUGGACCUUGAAUAAACAAGAGUAACUGUGUAAAUAUAACGAAAACGCAACUACUAAAUAUAUUUACAACCCAAAAACCCAUUCGUGAAUUACAAUUUGUUUGGGUCAUAAAGAAGCAGAUAAAAUUCAUUUACAAGGAUUAAAGAAACAAAAUUGGUCAUUUAGCUCACCUGCUAAAAUGGCCUCUUCUCCCACUCCCUCAUUGGACUCCAUACGUGGUACUAAUUCUAUAGAAUCGUUCGGUGAGCAUACCGGAUAUUUAUCAGACUCUCCACUUACGUUGAGCGGUUCUUCGCCACCCGUUAGUGACUCGGUAAUUUGUGACGAAUUUACAAGUACCGGUUCUUCAACUGGUAGCAAUCAACAUCAUCCGAUUUCUGCAUCGGUAUCGUCUUCAUCAUCAUCGUCUAGCAGUGGUUUAAGCGGCUGCGGCAGCACAAGUAGUUCUAACAGUAACAACAGUUGCAACGUGAAUGGUGUAGGUGGAGUACUUAAUGGUGUCACUUGCAAUAACAGUAAUAAAAAUAGUCCUGGCGUUAUCGGUAGUAACUUGAAUGGUAAAGGCAGUCCGAGCAACAAUCUACUUUCGAGUAGCAGCAAUAUUGUAAGUGUAUCAACAGCUAAUGGUAGCGCUGUACCGCGUUGUACAGCUUGCAAAAGCAAACAGUCAGACGCUGUAGCGAGAUGUUAUGAAUGCAUCAGUUAUCUGUGCGCCAAUUGUGUUACAGCUCAUCAAUUUAUGCAUUGUUUUAAUGGUCACAAUGUGUCCCUCAUAAAAGGAUUUGAUAGUACGUCUACUAACAACGUCACUCCCGCAUCGACAGCUCCAACAUUAACUACAACCCCUUCGAAUAUGACAGUCCCUUUGUCUAGCAAUAUGGCCACACCCGACAUGAAAAUAUCUAGUUCUCUUACUAUGAUGCUGCAACAACAGCAACAACAACAAGUCUCCAAAUUUACCCAACUCUCAAAAAUUGUAUUGAAUUCGCAUAUUGUUGCUACAAAUAACCUAUCACUAUUAGGCGAAAAUAUGGAUAACACUGAAAAUAGCAGUAAUAAUGGUGAUGAUCUGUUUGGAAAUAUAAUGCCGCAAUUGCGUUCUACAUCAUUUUGCCGCCGUCACAAAAAUGAACCAUUAAAAUUCAGUUGCCGCACAUGCAGCAAGAUUGUUUGUAAUGAAUGCGUUGUCCAGGAGCACUCAGCUGGCUUGCAUGAAAUUGAACAUAUACAGGAGCAUCAAUUAUCGACUGUUUUCCCACCAAAUGCCUCGACAGCAUCAACUUCAUCUUCCACGUCCUUCAAUACUCCACAACAUUCAUCCGAAUCGGUGUUGCAAACAGUUCUAACAGAGAUACGUGGAAAAAUUGCAGAAAUUGUGUCAUUAGUCAGCAGUAAUUCGGAUAAUAAUUCAAGUAAAAUAAAAAUGCAAUAUCAGAAAGCACACAACGAGAUCAAUGAAACUUAUCAAUUUUUCUGUUCGAUGCUCGACGAACGUAAACAGGAGGUUUUAAAGGAACUCGAGAGUUUAUAUAAUGCCAAAAAUGCAUCAAGUGGUGUCUGGUUGCAACGUUCUAAAGAGCUCAUCGAAAAAGCGGUACAUACAUGCGAUAGCUUAGAACGCACACCUAAAGCACAUAAUGUUAGCGAUGUUUUAAUGAUGCGUAAAAUGAUUGAUCAACAGUUACAAACUGCAUUAAUGGAUAUGCAAUUUCCAUUUGAAUUGGAAUUUAUUUCAAAUUAUCAGUCCAUACAAGCGGGUGUACGAAACACUUUUGGUUAUAUUAGAUCGGGUAAUGCUGACCCAGCUAAUACAUGCGGAAUGAAUGGUCCAGCCGUCAAGCAGCCGCCCAUUGCUAGGCCAACUCAGAGCACAUCUAAUAGCAGCAGCAGCAAUAGCAGUCUCAGCGGUAUCGGCAGUUCAGCUCAUUUGCCAAUUGGCUUGGGGUUGUCGGCUAGUAUGCUGGACUCUUACAACAGCUCUCUUGUUGGAGGUGUUAACAGUGUUGGUGGCAUGCUUGCACGCAGCAGCAAUCAUAAUUUGAUGGGCAACGGUGGCACUAAUACUAAUUCAGCUUUUGAAGAGUUGAUUGCAAAGCGUUAUCAUAAUCAUACAACCGGUGUUAUAGCACCUUAUGUUGGUGUAAAUCCUUAUGAAAAAUGGAGUAACGGCGGCAGCGAUAAUAUUUUUUCAGGAGCAGAUGCUUUCUCAAGCGCACAAUUACUUAACUCUCUAACCAGUAGUGUGAGUGGUGCUACCGCAGGCAAUGCACUCAAUGCACUCACUGCAAAUAAUGCAUCAACUGACUCGCUAAUGGAUUUAACUUCUAAACUGCUCUCUACCUCCACUUAUCCACCUAAGUCACAAAUUAAACGUCAGAAAAUGAUUUAUCACUGCAAAUUUGGUGAAUUUGGCGUGUUGGAGGGUCAAUUCACCGAACCCAGCGGUGUUGCGGUCAACGCACAAAACGAUAUAAUUGUUGCCGAUACAAAUAAUCAUCGCAUACAGAUUUUUGAUAAGGAAGGACGUUUUAAAUUUCAAUUUGGUGAAUGUGGUAAACGCGAUUCCCAGCUGCUAUAUCCAAAUCGUGUAGCUGUGGUACGAAAUUCAGGCGAUAUAAUCGUCACUGAACGUUCCCCAACACACCAAAUACAGAUCUACAAUCAGUAUGGACAGUUUGUAAGGAAAUUUGGCGCCAAUAUAUUGCAACAUCCACGUGGCGUGACAGUUGACAACAAAGGACGCAUUAUAGUUGUUGAAUGCAAGGUGAUGCGCGUAAUAAUAUUUGAUCAGAAUGGUAAUGUGAUUCACAAGUUUGGCUGCAGCAAACAUUUAGAAUUUCCGAACGGUGUUGUGGUCAACGACAAACAGGAAAUAUUCAUCAGUGACAAUCGUGCACAUUGCGUUAAAGUUUUCAAUUAUGAAGGUCAGUAUUUAAGACAAAUUGGCGGAGAAGGUGUCACCAAUUACCCUAUUGGUGUCGGUAUUAAUGCGAAUGGCGAAAUUUUAAUUGCUGAUAAUCACAACAACUUUAAUUUGACGAUAUUCACACAAGAAGGUCAGUUGGUUAGUGCUUUGGAGUCGAAGGUUAAACAUGCACAAUGUUUCGAUGUCGCACUCAUGGACGAUGGGAGUGUGGUUCUCGCUAGUAAAGAUUACCGCCUAUACAUCUACAGGUAUGUGCAAGUACCCCAAAUUGUUAUGUAAAUGGGGUAAAAGUAAGAGAUUUGAAGGAGAAAGCACAAAAUAAGUAAAAAAAAAAAAUGAAAAAAAGUAUAUAUUAAUUGAAAGUAAAACAAAAUUAUGAAAUGUUAUGGUACUGUUGGCAGUUAGUGGUCAUUUGUCCUCAUUUAUUCUGUAUGGUUUUCUAUUUUUUGUUUUGUUGUUUUUUACACAUUUAAGAUUCAUACACAAUUAUUGUAUGCAUCCAUCAGUGUUUAAA